GGUGCUCUUGAUUUCGGGAAAUUUAGCGUCCCUAGAUCGCCAAGACAACGCCGGUCAAGGAUCUGAUGAAAUCCGCAUCCAGAUGAGCUGAAAGCAGCCCAGUAGGAGCACAUCACGUUUAUUUCAAAUGUCAUCAUGCCUCGCAACGCUUUGCGCAUCAAUGUAGAUCUGAAUAUUGAAGCUGUAACUUGUCCUGGUGUUGUGCUGAAAGAUCGGCAGGAUGUUUACCUUAGUGUAUGCAUGCUGGGAUUCCAAAAGAGGACAUUGUGUCUCCCUCCUUUCUUCCCUCUCUUGUUCCAUCAGAAGUUCAGAUUUGAAAGGACUUAUGCAAACUGUGGCGACCCCGCACAUCUAGCCCAUGUUCUUCAGUUUGAGGAUGUGUUGAUUGAAUUGAUCCAAUUAGAUGAAGAUCUCAAUCAAGAUGGGACGGUACUAGCCUUCUAUCAGUUAUCUACGAGAGAUUUCCUCUAUCCGGAGGAUUCAAUGCUGCCUCGUUAUGCCGAGUCUGAUCGGGCAGUGCUCAUGAACAAGAAGAUUUGGUUUACGGGUCUUUCACCUAAGCUGGAGUUUUCAUGCAAGACUUCUAUUGAAGACACAAGCACUCCAGCCUUGGAUUUUUAUCGAGAUCGUGUUGCUGAGCGUGAAGACGAGGAUGAAGAUUAUGUCACUGUUACACCAACUAAGAGUAGAGGAAGGAAGAAAAAGAGUCUCAAAAGAACCAAGAGUUAUGAAGCAGCUACCAUCUCAUCUACAAUGAAAGCAUCUGCAAUGAAUAGUUCUGGGAUUGAAGAUAGACCACCAUUCAUCAUCAAAAGACAAGACAGUUAUAACCGAGCUACCUCACCAUAUAGAGCUAGAUCUCCAUCACCACGGCGACCAGCAUCGGCCCCGCCCAAUCGCCCUCCAAGGACGCCCAUCUCUUUCAGAACAGGUCCUCCAGAAAUCACUGGGAACUCCUCUGAGUACAUCUCUGAAGCUGACUGUCGGAUCUGUAGGAUCUACCAGCGUUACUUUGGACGACGUUACUGGGGCCAUAAGAAAUACUUUCAUCCUAACAAUGGAAUCAAAUACAGAUCCUCAGAGGCCAUUCGGAACACAAGGAGAGAUGAGGAACUUGAGAGAAUCCUAAAUGACAGAGUACUAGUAACUGAUGGAGAUAGCGAGAGUACAGAAGAUCUGAUAGAUUCAAUGCGUGACCUAUCAGUUACCCUACCUCCAGUACCAAGCGCAGACGUAGACUAUGCUCGCCUACCGUAUUCUCCACGGCUCUCCCGUUCACCACGCCUAUCUCGGUCCAGGUCUAGAUCCCCAUCGCUGUUGUUGUCUAGAUCCAGAUCCAGGUCCAGAUCUCUGAGUCCCUCCAGGAGGUACGCUAGGUCUCGUUCACGCUCCCUCAGUCCCAUCUUGGUGAGGGCUUCUCUAAGGGAACGGUUAAGUCCUAGACUUGGAUCACCAACCCAUGCCGACAUCAUACAUCAUAGAGUGCAGAGAGCUCUAGAUAGCAAUUACUUGGAUGAUUCUGAUGAUUCUGUGACCUCAGAGGAAGCACUUGGUGCCCUGAGGUCAUCUCUUCGUGGUGAUUCUUUACGCAGCUUUAGUGUAUCAACAGACCUAGGGGAUGGUCACUAUCUAUCUACAAGGAGUUCUGAGCUGUGUGGUAAGACUCAUCGUCAGCUGUUUGAAGACUCUUUAGCUAGGAUCUAUCGCAGGCUACAUAAGAAGAUUAGGACCAAUACCUACUAGUUAACGGCCAAGCACAAACAAUUAAAUGGGAAAUCUACAUACAUGUAACCUUUUCUUCUUCUACUUGUUCUCCCUCCGCUUGUGUCGGAGAUCAGCAACAGGGUGUUGCAUAUAGAUAUAUCCAUAUAGGCAGGUCAAUUAGUAAUUAUUAUACCAUCUAGGUAUCUAUUUUAAGCGUUGAUUGCACUUUCAAAUUUGUAUAAGUAACAAUGACAUUCAAAUUCUUUUCGUGGAGAUGAAUAAAGAUGUAAUGUCAGAAACAACAGAUAAUUUAUUGAUAUAAAUAUAAUAUGUAAAAAUAUAAUAUGUAAUCAAUCUUUAAUGAAAUAGCAUAUAGUAUUGUUUAUACUGAUUAAUGAAGUGACAGAUCUCCAUUUUCUGUGAUUAUCAGAACUCAAGAUUCAGGCAAUGAUUGUCUGUCAAGUGAAUAAACGCUAAACGAUGGUGGUGCAUCCCUUGUAAGUUCAUGUACCCAGAGCAAAAUUUAACUACCAGGUAAAGACAAUUUUUGCAAUGAAAAGUCUUUGCAAUAACCUUUCAAGUAGAAAAUAGAGAUAGAGUGAGGAAAAGUAUAAUGUGUUUGUGUUUUUUUGUUUUGUAAAGUGAUAUGGCAGGGUGUCAUGGUAAAAAGCAUCUAUACUAGUUUACAUCCGUAAUUGAAGUUUUUAAGGAUUUUUCGCCUUAAUGGUCAAUUUUUGAUGCCUAUUCAGACUAAUAAUGUUGAUUACCAUGGGAUACAUAAUAUCUUAGACAACAUUUGUAUGUUACAUUAUUGAAGAAAGUGCUGCAACAAUUUCAGAUUCGUCUUAUGUUAUAGUAAGUUUGAUGUCGACCCCAGCCACUAGCUUACUUUAAAAUGAAUUUAUAUUAUAGCUGAUUAUUGCUGUUAAUGUUAAUUAUUUCUUCUUUGCUGCUGCUUCUUUGUUUUGCAAUUAUAGGUAAUUCUUUUAAAACUGAAAUGGAACAGUAAAUUCCUCAUGCAUUUGUACAAUCAUAUUGCAGGACAAUUGAUAAUUAGAAACAAUAAUUCCAAAUUGAAUAUACAUUAUAUUAUAGAGAUGUAAAUAUUGGUUGUUUUUAUUUCUGCAUUUUGAUGAAUCUUAAUCUGUAGGCAGGCUGGCCCUUUGGCUAUUGUUGAUAGAACUAGACAUGUAUACAGUUUUUAGAUUAAGAUACUGUUUAGUAGUUAUAAAGAUAACAUUCAAAUUUAAUACAACUAAUUGUUAUUGACCCCCAAAAAUGUAAUUAGGAAUCAGCUGUUAUGAUGAAUUCUCCCAAAAUUAAAUAUGUAGAUAAUGCUAAAAGUUCAAUACAUAUAUAUUUCUGUGUGAAUUUAGCAAUUGAAUAGACAACUGUUAAAAAGAUAUGAGAGUAUAUUUAUCAUAAAUAAGGCCAAAUUUUAAUUGUUUAUCUAUUUAAUGUGAGCCAUGUUUUUUAUUAGCAUUUUCAACUAGUUUUUAAUCCAAAGUGUGAUGUAGUUCUAUGGCUAGAAUUGGUUUAUAACUUUGAUAUAUCAAGACAGUAAGCUGUAUUCAAUAUUACAGUAAUCACAGUGUGCUUGGGUAUCACUUCUUAUUUCUUUUACUCUUUAAUACAAAUAUUACAAGAAGAAAUUUUGUACAGCAUUUAAAGGUUUGAUCAAGUAGAAGGAUGUGUGUAGAAGUCAUCAAUGUUAACAGAACUGAUUGGAUAUAUAGUUGAAACUAUAUAGACUCAAACAAGAUAUAUAGUUUGCAGAGAUGUAGCAUGAUGUUUCUUUGAUGUUACUUUGAUGUUGAAAUGUAAAGAUAAACUUAUUUGACAAAAUUAACAUGAUAGUUGUAUCAAAGUAUUAUAGUUACUACAGGAAAUUUUAUGUAAUUAUGUCUAGUUGUUGGAAGUUUAUUCAGUGCAUUCCCUUUAUGAGUAUGUAGACAGAACAUUUUCUGUGUGGCUUGUGUAAUUAGAGAGGGCCUUCAUAAAUAGUACAUGUUUAUGUUAUGUUAUGUUCCUUCUAUAUUUUUGACAAAAUUAACAUGAUAGUUGUAUCAAAGUAUUAGUUACAUCAGGAAAUUUAUGAAAUUGAUUAACAGUAUAAUAGUACAGGUCGUUGUGUCCAAUGACACCACAUUUUCACUGAUUAAAUAAAAUGUGUUAUUAUAAAUGUAUGGAGUUAAUAGCCCGAGUACACCUAACUUUGAUCAGACAAAUAUAAAGUGAAGUGAUAAUUUAAAUGAUAAUUCACUCUUGGUAGCAUAUAUGAGACCAAAUAAUUUAAAUUAUUUUGACUUUUCUACUAGUGUUUGAAAUAGUGCACCCAUGACAUCAAGUUGUGUAUGAGAAAAAGUCAUUUCUAAACACUUUUUGAAAUGAUAAACAAGAGAUGUAACUGAGGCUUGUGGUGGACCAAUAUGCCUUUCAACACAACAGUAUGACGCAAAAUACCUCAGUGUGUUUGUGGAAUACAUGUCUGUCACAGUAAUGUCAGGUACAGCAGAUUAAUACAGCAAAAUUUGAUUCCAUUGUGUCUUUUAAUAGAAUUUUGAUUCAAAUGGAUUCCAGAUCAAUUAAUUGAUGCUAUUUUAACAAUUUCCAAGAAAUUGCAUUGUUUUGAACUACAAGUAGUGGUAUAUACUACAGAUUUUGAGUAAUCAACUACAUUUUGAUAAAAGGGGUUCAAUUGCAAACAAAUAACAGUCUCUUUCUUAGUGUACAUUGAUAAUUAAAAACAAAACAAAUGUUUUUAGUUGUAGUUCAAUAUCAACAGAGGCUAUUCAUGUUAUUUAUUUUGCCAUUCAUUUUGAUUUACCUAAUUGUAGCUGUGUGGAGUAGUAUAUAUAAGAAGUCGUGCUGUGCCGCCAAAUGUAGAAUAAUUCUUCACAAUUAAUUAACAAACUAAUGAUAUGCAAAAUAGUUUGUAAUAGUUUAGGAAACCAGAUGAAAUUAUUGAGAACAUAUACGUACAUGUUGUGUGCAUAUAGAUAUAAAGAAAAUGAAUAAAGAAUUGAAUUAUUAAACAAAAU